UCUUUUUCAGGGUGUAACUGUAAUAACCAUGCAACGAGUUGCCACUUUGAUCCUGCGGUUUAUGAACAAACUGGUAGAAUAAGUGGAGGAGUUUGUGACGGUUGUCGUCACAACACGAUGGGCCCCAACUGCGAACAGUGCAAACCAUUCUACUACAGGGACCCCUUAAGAGACAUCCAAGACCCAGAAGUGUGCAGACCUUGCGAUUGUGAUCCUGUGGGGUCGACGGAUGCGGGUGCGUGUGACUCCACCACGGACCCUAUAAACGGACUAGAAGCUGGUAAAUGUCAUUGUAAAACGAACGUCGAAGGUCGACGUUGCGACUACUGUAAAAACGGAUUUUGGAACUUUACAUCCGACAAUCCCGAUGGUUGUCAACCGUGCACGUGCGACAUUUUGGGAACAAUAGGUAAUCAAGGAUGUAACGCGUAUUCAGGAGAGUGUACUUGCAAAAGAUAUGUAAAGGGAAGAAACUGUGACCAGUGUUUGCCAGAAUAUUGGGGACUUUCUGAUAAACGGGACGGUUGCCAGGCGUGCGAUUGCGAUCCUGGUGGUUCGUACGAUAACAACUGCGAUGUUAUAACUGGUCAGUGUAAAUGUAGGGAACACAUGACGGGACGUCAGUGCGACAUUGCACAACAGCAACACUUCACAGCUUCUCUGGACUUCCUGCUAUACGAAGCCGAAUUAGCCCAAGGAUCUGCUACAUGCCAGGUGGUUAUUCGUGAACCAUACAGAGACGGCAGACCUCCGUCAUGGACUGGUACAGGAUUUAUGAAAGCGCCUGAAGGAUCUUAUAUAGAAUUCCAAAUAACCAACAUUAAAACGUCCAUGGAUUACGAUAUCGCAAUAAGGUAUGAGCCAACCCUUCCCGAAAAUUGGAACGAUGUGACCCUUACGGUAAUACGACCGGAUCCGAUAGAUCCCCAAGGUCCUUGUGCGUCUACACAUCCUUCAGAUGACACUAAAAGGGUUUCUUUGCCUUCUAAUUCACGCAGCGCAAUUGCGUUCCCACCAACGUGUUUGGAAGCCGGGAAGUCGUACAUAGUUCGAAUUGAUUUCAACAAUUACAAAUACGGCACCUCAACACCUUCGGCGUCAAUUCUCGUUGAUUCUAUUGUUCUUGUACCUCGAAUUGAAAAAAUCCCCUGGUUCCAAGGAUCAGUGCCAGCUGAAGCACGUAGGCGAGAAUAUGAAGAACAUCGUUGUGACAUCGCUUUAGAAAACCCCAACAUACCCCUUUCGGAGGUGUGCAAACAGCAUCAUAAGAGUAUUGGAGCGUACAUCUUCAAUGGAGCAUUUUCUUGUCAAUGUGACCCAACUGGAUCUACCAGCAAAUUGUGUAACGAUCAUGGAGGAGCUUGUAGCUGCAAACUGAACGUUGUGGGAAGACGUUGUGAUCGUUGCGCGCCAGGAACUUACGGUUUUGGUCCCGAAGGAUGUAAAGCUUGUGACUGUAACAGUAUUGGUGCUCUAAAUAACUUUUGCAAUGUCACAACCGGUCAAUGUAAAUGUAGAUCGAAUACUUAUGGGCGCGAGUGUGAUCAAUGCCGUACAGGAUUCUGGAAUUUCCCUAAUUGCGAACGAUGCGACUGCAAUGGGCAUGCAGAUAUAUGCGAUUCUAGGACCGGAGUUUGUAUAGACUGUAAAGACCAUACCGAAGGACAUCAUUGCGAUUAUUGUAAAGAAGGAUUUUAUGGCGAUCCGAGGAUCGGAUUCGACAUUCCUUGCAGACCCUGUCCUUGCCCUGGGUUUAAAGAGGCAUUCCACUCCUUUGCUGACAGGUGUAUAUUAGAUUCACAGACCAAAGAUGUGGUUUGUGAAUGCAAGGAAGGUUACGCAGGAUCAAAGUGUGACGUCUGCGCCGAUAAUUAUUACGGAAAUCCUGAGAUUCCGGGCGGUUCGUGUCAACUUUGCGACUGUAGCAAUAAAAUUGAUCCUCUAGUCCCUGGUAAUUGCGAUCCUCAUACAGGAAAAUGUCUUAGAUGCCUUUAUGAUACUACCGGUGAUCACUGCGAGAUUUGUCGAGAUGGAUUCUUCAGGCUUUCAAUCGACGAUAACUGCCAACCCUGCACAUGUCAAUUUUUGGGUACCAAUGAAACUGCUGGUCCUUGUGAUCGGGAAACUGGUCAAUGUAAAUGUCUACCAAAUGUUAUCGGCAAGGAUUGCGAUAAAUGCGAAAAGAACCACUGGAAGAUUGCUAGUGGUAAAGGCUGUGAACCUUGCGACUGCGAUCCUUUGGGUUCCAUGAAUCCUCAGUGUAAUGAAUAUGAAGGUCAAUGUUUGUGUAAGGAGAACUUUGGAGGAAGACAGUGUAAUGAGUGCAGAGAAAACUAUUGGGGAAAUCCUAGAGAAGACAAAUGUAUCGAAUGUCUUUGUAAUCCAGAGGGAUCAAAAACGCCUCAAUGUGACAGAAAAACUGGUAACUGUGUUUGUCGUGAAGGAAUUGGAGGACGAUCUUGUGACGAAUGCGCUAGGGGAUAUUUGGGUACCGCACCCUAUUGUUCGCCUUGCGGCGAAUGUUUCGACAACUGGGACCGUAUUUUGAAGGAACACGAAAAUAAAACAUUGCAUAUUAUUGAAAGGGGAAAGAACAUUAAAAAAAUUGGGGCAACUGGAGCGUAUACCAAAGAAUUUGACGAAAUGCAAAAUCAACUGGACGAAAUUGAACAACUUCUUAACAGUACCACAAACAUAGACAUCGAUCAGAUAGAAGACAAAAUUAACAAUCUAGCAAAUCAAAUUCAAGACGCGAAAGGGGAAAGUCCCGAUGAACUCCUGAACAAUGUCACAAAAGACAUUAAGCUUUCUGAAAUAAAAUUGAAUGAAUUAAGGAAAGACAUGGAAAAAUUAGUUGCUCAAACCCAAGAAUUAAGGAAUAAUGGUACCACACUUCAAGAAGCAGAUGUCCAAGGGGCUUUAAAUUUAGUUCGUAUGGCUAAAGAUAAAGCCGCAACAGCAGCACACAAGGCUGAACACACACAGUCGAUAGUGGAUUAUGCGGAAAGACAAUGUAAAGCAGCAGAGAACUUGGUAAAUGUAACAGAAGCAGAAUUCAAAAGAAUGCAACAGGAAAACGAACAAGCACUUGAUAGAAUUAAAGAAAAUAUAACAAAUUUAAAUAAUAUGAUACCGGAAUUAAAUAAACUUGUAUGUGAUGGUACCAGCAACAGUCCUGAUGAUUCGUGCGACUCCAUAUGUGGGGGUGCUGGAUGUGGCAGUUGUGGCGAAAGUGUUUCUUGUCAGGAUGGCGCAAAACAACAAGCUUUGUUCGCUCUCAGCUAUGCAAAUGACACAGAAAAGACGUUAAAGGAAAAGGAAGAAGCAGCCGAAAAGUUUUUCCGAAAUAUAAGCCAAUUGAACACCACGCAAGCUAAGAAUUCGGCCCAAGAGACUCUCGAUAAAGCAAAUAAAUUAUAUUCCAAUUUCAAUAAUUCACUACAAGCUGUAAAUAAUAUAAAGAAACAGAUUGACGAUUUUAUUAAUCAAAACAAUUCUACUCCUGACGAGAUAAGACAACUAGCCGAAAAGGUCCUUAAAAAAGACAUCAAUUUAACAAAAGAAGAAAUUCAAACUCUUCAAAAGAAAAUUCAGGAAGCUCUUGAAACAUUAACGAAUCCAGAUAAGAUUAUAUUAGAAACAAGGGAUGACUUACAAAGAGUUCACAAAUUAAAGGAAGAUGCCGAUAACGCAAAAGCUAAGUCAAGCGACAUUUUAAAAACUGCAGAAGGAAUUAAAGAAGCUUUGCUGAACAGUAGCGUUGCGCAAAAUGAUGCAGAUGAAGCAAUAACAGACGCAAAUAAAAAUAUUGACACAGUUCACGAACUAUUAACAAAGAUUGGUGCUAUCGCCGAAGAAGCUCACAAUAAGACACAAGAAACCAGUGGCAAUAUAAAAGAUCUUUCGCGAAACCUUACAGAUCUUCAAAAUAACAUGAGAAAUAACGAAAGAUUCGCCCAACGUGUUAUCGAGGAGGCUGCCAAAGUACAUCAAGAGGCGAAUCACACAAACAAAACGGCUAAUGAGCUUCUUAAUAGGUAUGAUAAUAUUAAAUACAUGUUAUCAAACACUUCUAGGGUUAUUGAAGAUUCAAAAGUGAAGGCUAAUGAGCUGUCUGAGAGAGCCUACAAUAUAACACAUAAAAUUGAAUCGACAGAGUCUGAAAUUAAACAGCUAAUUAGUAGCUCGUCUGAUCAGUUAUUAAAGAAUCUAGAAAACGAGAUCGAUCAACUUAUUAAUCGAAUGCAUGCCUAUAGUGCCGUAAUUGAAGAAAGGCACAAUCAUUACAAGUCGUGCACUUAGUAUGUGUAGUAUUUAGGUAGUUUUAUACGUUAAUUUGUAUUGACGAUGUCUCUGUGCCAUUUAAUUAAGUUUUUUAUAAUGUGGAUAUUCAACUAAUUUUUUAUAGUUUACGAAAUAUACGGUUUUUUAGAUUUUA